CACAGCGCUCGGAGCGCUCCUGCGGGCACUAGUGCGGUGGCCUCGGCAGCGGGCGGCGGCGAGCGGGAGCCCGUCCUCUGGUCCAGCGGCAGCACGCCUGGGAGCCCCGGCUGUGCCCGGAGCUGGGCGGCAACGUCGCGACCCGACUGAGAUUCAGCUUAGCGCAUUGCGGCGACCUCGCCUUCUCGGGCCGCGAGCGCGCGCCGCAGCUGGAAAAGCCGCGGAGACCCAGGACUUUACUCGGGUCCGAGGGGCGCCCCGUAGGCGCUCGGCACCAGCGCUGCAGUCGCACACGCCGAGGCGCCGGGGACCCCGCAACACGAUGGAGUCCAAUCGACAAGGAGCUUGAGGCGCCGCCGCCCGGUUCUGGAGAGGGGGGCCACAGGGUCUGGAGACCCCGGGCGGCGGACGGGAGCCCUUCCCCCGCCCCGCCUCCGGGGCACCAGCUCCGGCUCCAUUGUUCCCGCCCGGGCUGGAGGCGCCGAACACCGAGCGCGCCCGGGAGUCGAGCGCCGGCCGCGGGGCUCUCGCAGCCCCGCUAGAAUCCGAGUGGAGCCGGGUGGCGGCGGGCCGGAGCCGGGGACGCGGGCGCCCGCCCGCCGGCACAAGCCACGGCGGACUCUCCAGAGGCGGAAUCGCAGCGCCCAGUGAGAGUCAGCUUCAAAGGGAGGAUUGAGCUCAAGGCGGAGUCUCCAUGGAGGGGUGGAGCCUUGUCACCAACCUCUAACUGCAGAACUGGGAUGUGGAGCUGGAAGUGCCUCCUCUUCUGGGCUGUGCUGGUCACAGCCACAUACUGCUGCGCUGCCAGGCCAGCCCCAACCUUGCCUGAACAAGCCCAGCCCUGGGGAGCCCCUGUGGAAGUGGAGUCCUUCCUGGUCCACCCUGGUGACCUGCUGCAGCUUCGCUGUCGGCUGCGGGAAGAUGUCCAGAGCAUCAACUGGCUGCGGGACGGGGUACAGCUGGUGGAAAGCAACCGUACCCGCAUCACAGGGGAGGAGGUGGAGGUGCGGGAUUCCGUGCCUGCCGACUCCGGCCUCUACGCUUGCGUGACCAGCAGCCCCUCGGGCAGUGACACCACCUACUUCUCCGUCAAUGUUUCAGAUGCCCUCCCUUCCUCAGAGGACGACGAUGACGAUGAUGACUCCUCUUCAGAGGAGAAAGAGACAGAUAACACCAAACCAAACCGUAUGCCCGUGGCACCGUACUGGACGUCACCAGAAAAGAUGGAAAAGAAAUUACAUGCAGUGCCAGCUGCCAAGACGGUGAAGUUCAAAUGCCCAUCUAGUGGGACUCCUAAUCCCACCCUUCGCUGGUUGAAAAAUGGCAAGGAAUUCAAACCUGACCACAGGAUUGGAGGCUACAAGGUCCGAUAUGCCACCUGGAGCAUCAUAAUGGACUCUGUGGUGCCUUCAGAUAAGGGCAACUAUACCUGUAUUGUGGAGAAUGAGUAUGGCAGCAUUAACCACACCUACCAGCUGGACGUUGUGGAGCGGUCCCCUCACCGACCCAUCCUGCAAGCAGGGCUGCCUGCCAACAAGACAGUGGCCCUGGGCAGCAAUGUGGAGUUCAUGUGUAAGGUGUACAGUGACCCACAGCCCCACAUCCAGUGGCUGAAGCACAUUGAGGUGAAUGGGAGUAAGAUUGGUCCGGACAACCUGCCUUAUGUUCAGAUCUUGAAGACGGCCGGAGUUAAUACCACCGACAAAGAGAUGGAGGUGCUUCACUUAAGGAAUGUCUCCUUUGAGGACGCGGGGGAGUAUACGUGCUUGGCGGGUAACUCUAUCGGACUCUCCCAUCACUCUGCAUGGUUGACCGUUCUGGAAGCCCUGGAAGAGAGACCUGCAGUGAUGACCUCACCCUUGUACCUGGAGAUCAUCAUCUAUUGCACAGGGGCCUUCCUCAUCUCUUGCAUGGUGGGGUCUGUCAUCAUCUACAAGAUGAAGAGCGGCACCAAGAAGAGCGACUUCCACAGCCAGAUGGCCGUGCACAAGCUGGCCAAGAGCAUCCCUCUGCGCAGACAGGUAACAGUAUCAGCUGACUCCAGUGCAUCCAUGAACUCUGGAGUUCUGCUGGUUCGGCCCUCACGUCUCUCCUCCAGUGGAACCCCCAUGCUGGCUGGGGUUUCUGAAUAUGAACUUCCUGAAGACCCUCGCUGGGAACUUCCUCGAGACAGACUGGUUUUAGGUAAACCCUUGGGAGAAGGCUGCUUUGGGCAGGUGGUAUUGGCAGAGGCCAUCGGGCUGGACAAGGACAAACCCAACCGUGUGACCAAAGUGGCUGUGAAGAUGUUGAAGUCGGAUGCCACAGAGAAAGACCUGUCUGACCUGAUAUCAGAAAUGGAGAUGAUGAAGAUGAUCGGGAAGCACAAGAACAUCAUCAACCUGCUGGGGGCUUGCACGCAGGACGGUCCUUUGUAUGUCAUCGUGGAAUAUGCCUCCAAGGGCAACUUAAGAGAGUACCUGCAGGCCCGGAGGCCUCCUGGGUUAGAAUACUGUUACAACCCCAGCCACAACCCGGAGGAGCAGCUCUCUUCCAAAGACCUGGUUUCCUGCGCCUAUCAAGUGGCCCGGGGCAUGGAAUAUCUUGCCUCCAAGAAGUGCAUACACCGAGACCUGGCCGCCAGGAACGUCCUGGUGACAGAGGACAAUGUGAUGAAGAUUGCAGACUUCGGUUUAGCUCGGGACAUUCACCACAUUGACUACUAUAAGAAGACGACCAACGGCCGACUGCCUGUGAAGUGGAUGGCACCUGAGGCCUUGUUUGAUCGGAUCUAUACCCACCAGAGUGACGUGUGGUCUUUUGGGGUGCUCCUGUGGGAAAUCUUCACUCUGGGUGGCUCCCCAUAUCCUGGUGUGCCUGUGGAGGAGCUUUUCAAGCUGCUGAAGGAAGGUCAUCGAAUGGAUAAACCCAGUAACUGCACCAAUGAGCUGUACAUGAUGAUGCGGGAUUGUUGGCAUGCAGUACCCUCUCAAAGACCUACCUUCAAGCAGCUGGUAGAAGACCUGGACCGCAUUGUGGCCUUGACCUCCAACCAGGAGUAUCUGGACCUGUCAAUGCCCCUGGAUCAGUACUCUCCCAGCUUUCCUGACACCCGGAGCUCAACCUGUUCCUCAGGGGAGGAUUCCGUCUUCUCUCAUGAGCCGUUGCCUGAGGAGCCCUGUCUGCCCCGACACCCAGCCCAGCUUGCCAAUGGCGGACUCAAACGACGCUGACUAGUCCCCCAACAUCCCCCUCCCUGAACGCCAUCAUCAGCUGUAGCCCUCGUCCACCACUCCCUGCUGGACUCACUGCCUUCCCCUUGGUCCCUUUCCUGCUGGCAGGAGCCAGCUGCCUACUUGAGGCCUUCCUGUGUGACCUACCUUUACCCCACUGAGCUCACCUCUCUUCCUCCUCUCGACCUGUGGGCGAGAGGGAGGAGCAGAGAGGCAGGUACUUGCUGUGGCCACUUUGUUCCCUCCCAGACAUUGGACCAAGACCCCUCCUGCACCUGGUACUGCCUGUCAGGUUGGGGAGUGGGAGAUAAGCGGGCACGCAAGUGAGAGCCCACCAAGCUUUCUUGUGUUGGUUUUGUCUGCUUUGCCAUAAAGCCCCCCUGUGUUGUGGUGGCAGGCGGGAACCUCAUCCUCAGGGCUACAGCAGUAAUGAGGAGAGGUCAGUGCUUUGGGCCUCCGUGGAAGGUGACCUCUGCUCCGGAUAGAUGGUGCCAGUGGCUUAUUAAUUCCGAUACUAAUUUGCUUUGCUGACCAAAUACCUGGUGCCAGAGGAUAGGGAGGCAAAGGCUGGGAGCAGUGUUGUGGCCCUGGGGCCCAGCCCCAAACUGGGGGCUUUGUACAUAGCUAUGAAGAAAACACAAAGUGUAUAAAUCUGAGUAUAUAUUUACAUGUCUUUUUAAAAGGGUCGUUAACCAGAGAUUUACCCAUCGGGUAAGAUGCUCCUGGUGGCUGGGAAGCAUCAGUUGCUAUAUAUUAAAAACAAAGAAAAAAGAAAAAAAAGGAAAAUGUUUUUAAAAAGGUCAUAUAUUUUUUGCUACUUUUGCUGUUUUAUUUUUUUAAAUUAUGUUCUAAACCUAUUUUCAGUUUAGGUCCCUCAAUAAAAAUUGCUGCUGCUUCAUUUUUAUAUGGGCUGUGUGACAAGGGAGAGAAUGUCAACAAAAAGGGAGAUAAAUGGGGUCCGGGAGUUGUCUGUCCAGGGAGGGUUAUCUGCUCCCUGAAGUUGCCUCCUAACCUCUUCCUUUUAGAUCUGAUGUCUUUGGAAAGGCAGGGGAAAAAGUUGUCUGUCUCUUGGACAGGCGCCUCCUGUCAGUACACCCGAGGCACUGGGCUCUGGGCCAGAGCCCCAUGCCCCUCCCCUAGCCCUAACCACAGAUUGUUUCCUCAGGAAACUGGGAAACGGGGGAGGGAGGCGUGGAGUCGGGGGGUCAAAGAGAGUUGGGGGCCUACCUCAGAACAGCCAAGGGGUAAGCUAAAGAUUAUCCAAGUAGGGCCUGCAAAAACUCAAGCCCAGAUAUGUGUCUACCCACGCUGGGCGGGUGUGGUUCUGCCUGUGCUGCCAUGUGAGGGAAACUUGUCACCUGAGACUAUAUUUGUGUCCAAUUCGGGCCCCUUGCUUCUAGUUUCCCAGUCUGCUCUGUUCAUGAUCCUCCCCCACACCAUUCUUCUGGUACCCAUGUGACCAGGCUGCAUUUGUUGGGAGUAUCACAGAUCUUGGCAUCCUGUAGUCCUUCCUGUACAGACUCCACCCCAUCCCUCAGGAUAGGGAAAAAAUUCUCUGAAUGUUUAUUUUUUUGGUUGCUUGGAAAUUACUUCCUCUGCCACCUGCUGGUGACUGCUGUACUCACCAGAGAGGUCCUGGGUCCACAGAUCCUUAGAUUGCAUGUUGAUGAGUGUCGGCUCCUAGGAUCUGAGUACAGAGCCUCAGUGGGUGGCUCUGCCUCUGUAUCUAAGACUAAACUUUUGCUGGAUUACUGUUGAGUGAGUACAAUUGAAAGUUCCAUACACUUUCAUUUCUAGAGGGAAAAUGGGGUUGCUGUUUACAUUUCCUUUCUGAGCUAGCUACUUUUGGCAGAUGUAGGGGCCGCUAUUGUAAAAUUGUCUCUUGUCCUUGUGUCUCUCUGUAAAUAUGAAACUUUCAACACAUUACACCUUGUGUUUAUGUUGAAUGAAGGUAUAAUCUGGUGAACAGAGCCAGGAAAUGAAUUCUAGCUCUUAAAACCAUUUGCUUGGAGAUGAUAUAAUGGUGUGUUUUGUUGUGAAAUAGCCAUCCCUUGGCCCUUCCUUGAAACAGUGUUGUGUGAAUGAAUCUGUAAUGGCCUUUAUAGGCCAUCGGGAGAGGUGCUAGAGAAAUAGAAGGCACAAUUACUAUAACAGUGGUGUCCUUGCUGUUACUACUCAAAUCAUGCACGGAUUUCCCCAGAGACUGAGCUGCCUGUCAAAUAAAAGAUAGUGAAAUUGA